UCAACUGAGCUCCUUCAGCAACCAAGAGUGGGCAAACCGAGAAGCAAGAGGAGGGUGGGGGGCUGAGGGACGUCUACGAAUAACACCCGCUAGAGAUUUUGACAGGUCCUGUGAAAAGAUGAAUGUCGUCAAAGAAAACAAAGACCUGGCCUGUUUCUACACCACCAAACACUCCUGGAGGGGAAAGUGUGGAGCGUGGCACAAGACACAAGAACAUCUGUUCGCCUCAGAGAACCGCGAUGACAUCAUCCGCUGCGCCAUCGAACACGCUGGGAACUUCAUCGGCAUCAUGCUGCGGCUGAGGAAGGAGGCGCUGACCUUCGAGGACUUUUUGACAGAUCGGUUGGGGAAGUACAGCUCGGACGAGAGCAUCACUUCGCUGGCUGAGUUCGUGGUGCAGAAGAUCACGCCUCGUCACCCGGAGCCUGUGAAGCGUAUCCUAGCCCUGACGGAGACAUGUCUAGUGGAAAGAGACCCGGCUUCAUACAACAUAGUCACCAUCAAACCCUUCGGAGAGGUAUUUGCUCUCAUCUGUGACGCAGACAACCCUCAGGUGUUUACAGUUGAAUUCAUCAAAGGCCAGAUCAGGAAGUUCUCGUCCACAGAAAGGGACUCUCUGUUAGCCAGCUUACUCGAUGGAGUCCGUGCGUCGGGUAACAGGGACGUUUGUGUCAAGAUGGCCCCCACGCAGAGAGGGCAGAGAUGGGGCCUGCUGAGCAUGCCUGUGGACGAGGAGGUGGAGAGUCUGCAUCUCAAAUUCCUCGCAGCACCUCCGAAUGGAAACUUUGCAGAUGCUGUAUUUAGAUUCAACGCCAACAUAUCCUACAGCGGAGUGCUGCAUGCUGUAACCCAAGACGGUCUUUUCUCCGAGAACAAAGAGAAGCUCAUCAACAACGCGAUCCUGGCUCUUCUAUCUCAGGAGGCCGAGCUGCCGGCCCUCAACGCCGAGCUAGAGAGUCACUUCCAGGCCAUCCGACGCUUGGUGGCCUCCAAAGCCGGCUUCCAGGCUUUCACCCAACUGCCUAAGUUUCGGGAAAAGUUGGGAGUCAAGACGGUAAAAGCUUUAAAAAGGAACAACAACGGUGUGACACACGCUGCUAUAGACAUGCUCUGUGCCCUCAUGUGUCCGAUGCACGACGACUACGACCUGAGGCAGGAGCAGCUGAACAAGGCCUCUCUGUUGUCCUCUAAGAAGUUCCUGGAAAACCUCCUUGAAAAAUUCAUCACUAAUGUGGACCAUGGGACAGGAGCUUUGGUUAUCAGCUCCUUGCUGGACUUCUUAACGUUUGCCCUCUGCGCCCCCUACAGUGAAACCACUGAGGGUCAGCAGUUUGACAUGCUGCUGGAGAUGGUGGCCUCCAAUGGACGCACGCUGUUCAAACUCUUCCAGCAUCCCUCCAUGGCCAUCGUUAAGGGAGCUGGUCUGGUGAUGAAAGCCAUCAUAGAGGAGGGAGACAAGGAAAUAGCCACUAAGAUGCAAGAGCUGGCGUUGAGUGAAGGAGCUCUACCGAGGCAUCUGCACACGUCUUUGUUCACCAUCAGCGCCGAUCAGAGGAUGCUGACCAACAGACAGCUGAGUCGCCAUCUGGUGGGACUGUGGACGGCAGAGAACCCCGUUGCCAUGAACCUCCUGAAGAGGAUACUGCCAACAGGCCUGCUGGCUUACCUGGACAGUCCUGAUGCAGUCCCGGAGAAAGACAUAGACAGGAUGCACGUCCGGGACAACUUGAAAAUCGCAACGGAUCAGCUCAACCGGAACAAGGUGCCCGAGUGGCAGCGGGUGGCGGGCAAAGCAGCCAAAGAGGUGGAGAAGUUCGCCAAGGAGAAGGCCGACGUAGUCCUGAUGCACUGGAGAGAUAAGAUGGGCAUCGCUCAGAAGGAGCAGGACAGAAAUAACCUGAACCCAAAUCAAAAGCCCGUCAUCCUGAGGAAGAGACGGCAGAGGAUAAAGAUCGAAUCCAACUGGGAGCUUUUCUACUACAGGUUCCAGCUCGACCACGCACGGUCCAACCUCAUCUGGAACCUGAAGACGAGGGAGGAGCUGCGGGACGCGCUGGAGGGGGAGAUGCGUGCCUUCGGCGUAGACCGUGAGCUCGGCAGUGCCACCGUCAUCUCCUGGAACCACCACGAGUUUGAGGUGAAAUAUGAGUGCCUUUCAGAUGAGAUAAAGAUAGGGGAUUAUUACCUGCGUCUGCUGCUGGAGGAGGAUGAAAACGAGGAGACGAGUAUCAUCAAGAGAUCAUAUGAGUUCUUCAAUGAGCUCUACCAUCGCUUUCUGCUUACACCCAAAGUCACAAUGAAGUGCCUGUGCCUACAGGCGCUAACAAUAGUCUACGGGAAAUGUUUCGAGGAGAUCGGCACCUUCACAGACACGAAAUACAUCGUGGGCAUGCUGGACAGAUGUACAGACAAACUGGAAAGAGACAGACUCAUCCUCUUCCUUAACAAACUGAUUCUCAACAGGAAAAAUGUGAAGGAGGUGAUGGACUCGAAUGGAGUGCGUAUCCUGGUGGACCUGCUCACUUUGGCCCACCUGCACACCAGCAGAGCCACUGUGCCGCUGCAGAGCAAUGUUUUGGAAGCAUCACCUGACAUGAAGAGGGAGAGUGAGAAGGAGUGGUACUUCGGUAACGCGGACAAGGAAAGAAGAGGACCUUUCAGUUUUGAGGAGAUGCAGGAGUUUUGGAACACAGGUGUGCUGACAGCAAAGACGCGCUGCUGGGCUCAGGGGAUGGACGGCUGGCGCCCCCUGCAGGCCAUCCCCCAGCUGAAAUGGUGCCUCCUGGCCACAGGACAGGCAGUGAUGAACGAGUCUGACCUGGCUACACUAAUCCUUAACAUGCUCAUCACCAUGUGCUCGUACUACCCAAGCAGGGAUCAAGAUAAUUCCAUUAUCCGUCCUUUGCCUAAGAUAAAGAGGAUGAUCAGUGACAAUGCUUGCCUCCCUCACAUUGUCCAGCUGCUGUUGACCUUUGACCCCAUCCUGGUGGAAAAAGUCGCCAACGUCUUGUACCUGGUGAUGCAGGAUAACCCUAAUCUGCAGCGCCUCUACUUAACGGGAAUCUUCUUCUUCAUCAUGAUGUACACGGGCUCCAAUGUGCUUCCUGUAGCAAGGUUCCUGAAGUACACACACCUGAAGCAAGCCUUCAAAUCAGAGGAGGGUCAGGACAUAGUGCAGCGUAGUGUUCUGGGACCAGUGCUGCCUGAAGCCAUGGUGUGUUAUCUGGAGAACUACGAGGCCGAGCGCUUCUCUGAAAUCUUCCUCGGAGAAUUCGACACACCUGAGGCCAUCUGGAGCAGCGAGAUGAGGCGAUUGAUGAUUGAGAAGAUAGCUGCCCACAUCGCUGACUUUAGCCCCAGGCUGCAGAGCAACACUCGGGCGCUCUAUCAAUACUGCCCCAUCCCCGUCAUCAGCUUCCCUCAGCUGGACAACGAGCUCUUCUGCAACAUCUACUACCUCAGACAUCUGUGUGACACCACCCGCUUCCCCAACUGGCCGAUUCGAGAUGCUGUGAAGCUGCUAAAAGACACUCUUGAAGCCUGGAAGAGGGAGGUGGAGAAGAAGCCUCCCUCUAUGUCUGUAGAUGAUGCCUAUGAAGUCCUCAACCUCCCCAAAGGACAGGGGCAGCACGAGGAGAGCAAAAUCAGGAAAGCUUACUUCAGACUGGCGCAGAAGUACCAUCCUGACAAGAACCCAGAGGGCAGGGACAUGUUUGAGAAAGUGAACAAAGCCUACGAGUUCCUCUGUACAAAGUCUGCACGUAUCAUUGACGGGCCCGACCCAGAAAACAUCAUCCUCAUCCUCAAAACUCAGAGCAUCCUCUUUAAUCGACACAAAGAAGAACUGGAGCCCUAUAAAUACGCCGGUUACCCCAUGCUCAUCAAAACCAUCACCAUGGAGACGGAGGACGAUCAGCUGUUCUCCAAAACCUCCCCUCUGCUCCCGGCGGCCGCUGAACUGGCCUUCCACACAGUCAACUGCUCGGCUCUGAACGCGGAGGAGCUGCGUCGUGAGAGCGGCAUUGAGGUGUUGUUGGACGCCCUUUCUCGGUGUGUCGCUGUGUUGACGGCGUCCAGCAAGGCAGACGAUAUGGCUGUUCAGGUGUGCGGGCACAUCUGUAAGUGCUACAGCGUUGCGGCUCAGUUUGAAGAAUGCAGGGAAAAGAUCAUCGAGCUGCCGAGCAUCAUCAGGGACAUCUGUCACAUCUUGUACUACGGAAAGGGUCUCCCAAAAACUGCAGCCCUGGCGGUGCAGUGCAUCAGCUCCUUCGCCGUGGACUUCUUCCUUCAGACCCAUCUGUACCACGCUGGUGUCCUCUGGCACCUGCUGGUCCACCUCUUCAACUACGACUACACACUGGAGGAGAGCGGCGUUCAGACCAGCCAGGACACAAACCAGCAGGAGGUCGCCAACAGCCUGGCCAAGCUCAGCCUGGUAGCUCUCAGCCGCCUGGGAGGCUACGUCCAGACACCGCACGCCCCCGACGGUAACAAUCCUGUUUCGGAGACCAACGGCGUGGAGGCAACACCGCCGGAGAACCCCACCAUCCGCAAGAGCCUCGCUGCCAUGUUGACUCCGUACAUCUCAAGGAAGCUGGGCACAGGAGCUCCGGCUGAGGUCCUGAAACUGCUGAACAGUAACUCAGAGAACCCGUACCUGAUCUGGAAUAAUGGGACGAGAGCCGAGCUGCUGGAGUUCCUGGAGGGUCAACAGGAGGGCAACAUCAAGAGGGGAGAAAACGAUAGAAGUUUUGGAGCUGAGUUUAUAUUCGAUGAUCAUAGCAAAGAGCUGAUAGUCGGAGAGAUCUUUGUCCGGGUUUACAAUGAGCAACCAUCUUUCCCACUUGAGUAUCCCAAAGCCUUUGCAGCCAGUCUCCUUGACUACGUCGGCUCCCAGGCUCAGUACCUCCACACUCUGCUGGCUAUGAGUCAGAGCAACAAGGUCGAGUCCCAGCAGCACGCUGAGAGGCUCCGAUUCGCUGAGAUGGCUCUCGAGGCUCUUCGUAAUGUCAUCAAGAACAAUCCUGGUUCGGAGUCGGAGUGCAUCGGUCAUUUCAAGCUGCUCUUCUCUUUAUUGCGGGUUCACGGAGCCGGUAGAGUGCAGCAGCUGGUUUUGGAGGUUGUGAACACAGUCACAUCAAACCAAGAGUGUGUGAGCAACAUUGCCGAGUCCCUGGUAUUGUCGAACCUUUUGUUGCUGCUGCAUUCACUGCCCUCCAGCAGGCAAAUGGUGCUGGAAACCCUGUAUGCACUGACCUCCAAUACUAAGAUAGUAAAAGAGGCUAUGGCCAAAGGUGCUCUGAUCUACUUGUUGGACCUCUUCUGUAACUGCACACACCCCCAGGUCCGCACACAGACCGCAGAGCUCUUCUCCAAGAUGACCUCGGACAAGCUGGUCGGGCCAAAGGUGCGACUGACACUGAUGCGUUUCCUCCCGGGCGUGUUCAUGGACGCCAUGCGAGACAACGCGGAGGCGGCUGUGCACAUUUUCGAGGGAACGCACGAGAAUCCUGAACUCAUCUGGAACGACAACUCCAGGGAGAAAGUGUCCACAACUGUCAGGGAGAUGAUGCUCGAGCACUUUAAACAGCAGAAGGAUAAUCCUGAUGUAAACUGGAGAUUGCCAGAGGACUUCACAGUGGCGUACGGAGCAGGACAGGGUGAGAUAGAAGUCGGCGGAGUCUUCUUGCGCAUCUUUAUCGCUCAGCCAGGCUGGGUGCUACGCAAGCCUCGAGAGUUCCUGGUGUCCCUCCUGGAGACCCUGACCGAACUGAUGGAGAAGAACAAUCCUAAUGGUGAGGCUCUGGAGACGGUUACCACGGCAGCGGUUUGCCUGUUCAGCACGCAGAGCCAGCUGGCUGACCAGGUUCCUCCGCUGGGUCACCUGCCGCGUGUCCUGGCAACACUCAACCACAAGAACAACGCUGUGCCCAAGUGCUCCAUCCGCCUCAUCCACGUGCUCUCAGACAAUGAGCUGUGUGUGCGCUCCAUGGCUUCUCUGGAGACUAUCGGCCCAUUGAUGUCUGGAAUGAAAAUUCGGGCAGACAUGGCCGGGUUGGCGUGUGAAGCUCUGAACCGCAUGUUUCAGAAGGAGCAGACUGAACUCGUGGCCCAGGCUCUGAGAGUGGAGCUGGUUCCGUACCUCCUGAAGCUACUGGAAGGAAUCGGCCUGGAGACGAUAGAAAACCCUUCAGCCACCAAGGCUCAGAUCGUAAAGGCUCUCAAGUCCAUGACUCGCAGUCUGCAGUAUGGAGAACAGGUGAAUGAGAUACUAGCCAAGUCCUCAGUGUGGAGCGCCUUCAAAGACCAGAAACAUGAUCUUUUCAUCUCAGAGUCUCAGACCGCAGGCUACCUGACAGGUCCAGGAGUAGCAGGUUACCUUACAGCAGGAACUGGCACCACGGUAAUGCCCAACGUCCCACCCCCCGUGGACAACGACAUUGGAGACCAAGGCUGACGGACACACCACAACACACCCAGUCACGCUCAGGCACCCCAGACUGCCGAAAACUGCCCUGCCCCGCCCUGCCACCCCCCACAGCCAUGCGGCUUUCUUUCACGGGGUCGAAAGCUCCGAUGGGGACCGCUCGGCUCAGCUCCCCCCGGACGAGGGGGGUUGGAGAGAGAGAGAGAGAGUGAGACAGAGAGAGAGAAGGAUGGGAUGGAGAGCAGAGUGGAGAGUCAUCGUUUACAUCUCUGCGACACCUCCUCCGAUAUCACUCUCCUCUCCUCCCCCUUAAUUCCAAAACGGCACUCAAGUCUUCAUAAACGCUUUCGAAAUUGUUUUAACGGAUGACCACAUUUGUUUUUUUUCUUUUUUUUUUGUUUCUGUGCUACUUUUCUUGUUUCUUCCAAUGACACACAGAAGAGUUUACUUUUUGUAUGAAUAUAUUUUUUACUCUAGUUUUUUUUUUUUUCGUUUCCCAUGAAAAAGACAUUGGAAGACUGAGGAUUAUUAUUAUUAUUAUUAUUAUUAUUAUUAUUAUUAUUAUAGCUAAUUUGUCUCUUGUGUCUUACUCAUAUCCCGAUUGGCUGCACUCACCCCCCGUAAAUCCUAACUGGAGGGUAACAUCUGUGCACAGGACCUACAUCAACAUGUCAUUUACUAGUCUAUUAAAUGGAUUACUGUCUGGAAAAAGGAAAAAAAAGAAAAAGGUAAAAAAAAAAAUAGGAUAUCACAAAAUAGAUGUGUAUGAUUUUUCUGCCCUGAAAAGGUCACAUUAAACCCUCAGACUGAUCCCAGUUCGAUCCACGCUCUUUUAAAGUCGACACAAAUCUGCUUUUCCAAAAAAAACGUCUUCUGAUCUAAAUUCAUUCUUCAUUCUGCUCUCACUUUCUUUGAAGACUUGUCUUUCUGCCUCGAUUGUUUUUUCUUUUUUUGUUUUUGUUGUUUGUUUGUUUUUUUUAAAGUAAUUUUCCUUCCCCCAGAAUGCAAAAAGCACUAGAAAUAUUUAUAAGUGAAUAAAUAACCACAGGAAAUGAGCUUCUGCUAAGACAUGACGAAUGACGUUGACUCUUGAUUAUGAAUCUAUGUGAAAGACUAGUGCAAUUUGUGAAAUGUUCAAUGUAAUAUUGCGUAUAUAAACUUUCUAUAUUGAAUGUACAUUAAAAAAAAUAAAUCAGUCGCACUUGUACAUAAAAUUUUAAGAAUAAAAGGGAACCCACAGUGUU